AUGCAUUCUACAGACAUGAAGGAAGCUCUCCGCUACGAGCGCCCAGUGCACAUGCCUGGGUUCCCACCAUCUAUCAGCCCUGUUCAUUUUGUCUGCAUUGGAGGACAUGGCCAAUCAGCGAUCGCUUUGAUCUUGAUGAAUCUGGGAUAUGUUGUUCAAGGAAGCGAUAUUAAAGAAAGCGACAAUGUCGCCCGACUGCGGGCCGCGGGUGCAACAGUUUUUAUCGGCCAUGACAAAGACCAUCUAGGCUCUGCAAAGCUCGUGGUAGUGUCAAGUGCAGCAACAAAGGGCGACACCAAUGUUGAGGUUAAAGCUGCUCAGGACCGACGGAUCCCGGUGAUUCACAGAUCCGAAAUGUUAGCCUCGUUGAUGCGCCAUCACAAGUCCAUUGCCAUUGGCGGCAGUCAUGGCAAGAGCACUACAACUAGCAUGGUUGCGGGCAUGCUAGAAGCCGGUGGGCUCUCCCCGACCACUAUAUCAGGUGCUGUUGUCACUCAAUACGGCAGCAACGCUCACCUGGGCUCGGGUAACUGGAUGAUUGCUGAAGCUGACGAAAGCGACGGUACAUUAGUCCGGCUGCCUGCUUUGAUUUCGGUGGUGACAAGUAUUGACAGUGACCAUAUAAUAUUUUAUGGCACACAAGAAAAAACGCGAGCAACGUUUUCUCAAUUUGUGCGGAAUGUGCCGUUCUAUGGUCUCGCAGUCCUUUGCAUUGACGACCAGGGAGUUCGCAAAAUCCUCCCUGAGGUUCAAGACCGCAAUAUUAUCACGUACGGAGUUUCAGAGGAUGCAGAUGUCCGUGCGGAAAACCUCGAAUACAAUCCGCAGGACUGCACCUUCGUUCUUUCCGUCAGAAACCGACAGGAUGAAACUCGGCGGGUUAUUGGACCUAUAGUCUUGAACGCUCUGGGAUUGCAUAACGUCCAAAACGCGUUAGCCACUAUUGCCAUUGCUCUUGAGCUAGGCAUUGGACUAGAGAGCAUUCGUUAUGCCUUGAGGAGCUUUCAAGGAACAAAUCGCCGUUACAUUCACGUAGGUGAAGCAAAUGGCAUUCAAAUCAUCGACGAUUUCGGCACACACCCUGCAGAGAUGAAGGCAACACAAAAGAUGGCAAAGCAAGCGGGUGCGCGCAGAGUCAUUGCUGUCUAUCAGCCUACCAUUGUAGUUAGAAAUGUCAAGGCGUGGCUGGAUGAAUACCUGGCGGCUUUUCAAGAUUCAGCGCACAUCAUUAUCGGCCAAGCUGAUGGAGUUGAUCCGAUACCAGCAGCCGAGGCACGGGAGGCACUUGUUCAAUACCUGCACUCCCAUGGGCGUGAGGAUGCGAUUUCAAUGCCAGAUCCAUCUGCACUUCCAGAGCUGGUGUCCCACCUGGGGCAAGAAGGUGAUUUUGUGGUGUGCAUGGGGUUCCGUAGUUCAACUCUCUGGGCACGAGCAUUGGCAGGCCAAUUGAAAGAGCUCGGAACCCCGAGGAAGGAUGAUUACGGAAGUAGGACAUGA